AUGAGUGAUGGCGGGCGCAAUCAGCAACUCCAAGCUAUUCAAAAAAUCGGAGUGGAAACUGAGAAAAUGAUGGAAUUGCUGAAAAAAGAUUCUUUGAAUGCCGUUAAAAAAUUACAGAUAAUUACCACAUUAUGUACAGACUACAAUCUCGAAGCUGUGUACAUUGAGAAAGUAGCCGAGAAACUUGUCAAGUAUUUUAGCCAAGCGAGCAUUUUUAAACGGAGGAAAAUGGCUUUACGGUUAUUUAAAAAAACGAACUUCCAGAUCUCCAGACUCCCUCUCACCACAAAAAUCAUAAUUUGUCGAGCAUUUCUUGCCCAAGGAAUUGAAAAUUUUCCAAUGGAGUUGAUGCUGAUUCAAGAAACCCGUAAGGCAGGGGUAAAAAUUAAAGCGACUGGAUUCAAAAAGACAGAAUGCGAAUUUGCCAUGGCUCUGGGAAAUAACGCAUGGGGAAGACUUGGAAUCGGAUCCGAUGUAGAUCAUAUCUCGGAAUUGACUCCAGUUAAGCUUCCAGGAAGUGUAUGGGCUUUUAAAAAUAGCUCUUCGGUAAAUUUAUCAAUUUUUCAGGUCCGUCAUAUUGAAAUGGGUCAAUUCCACACGAUUUUCGUUUUGACAAACGGCGAAUUGUACGGAUGCGGAAAAGCUGCCAAUUUUUUGGAAGGGAAUCAUGAAGCGGAAGAAAUUAUAUCAACUCCAGUAAAACUGGAUUAUUUUAAGUGCCGUCCGAAGGUCAAUCACGAAAUCGUUUUAACCGAUGCCAGCACUAAAAUCACUGGAUACACUGAGGAUUCAUCGCUAAUCAUCGGAAAGUACACUCCAACUGAAAAUAUUCGGAUUCUUAGUUCCGGAGAAAACUGGACCAUUAUCAAUAAAUUGAGAUUGGCUGAGAAUCGAGAAGCUGAAGAACACAAGAAUCGUAAGAUUACUGUAGAUGUGCACGAUGGGACGCGUAGAGAACUGAUUGUUCGUCCCGAUUGUACCUGGCUUGGAAAGGAUAACGAGAAGCAGGUAAUUGUUUUUCUGCUUGAUGGAUUUCGUGUGAACUCAGAGCAUCUAUGGAAAAAUUAUUUCUAUACCGAUGACGGAGUUGCCUACGCAAUGUUUGAUAAGAAUAUGUACAAGGGGAAACUGAUAAUUGUGCCAAGAGUAGCUGAUCAUUCCGGGGACGAUUCUUCGGAUGAGGAAGAGGACGGAGAUAUACAGGUUGCGGAUGCAUUGAUUGAAAGGAAGGGGGAUGUAUUGUUGUGUGUGAUGGAGGAAAUCGUGGCACCAUUCGAAUUUGGGACCAUGAAAAUGACAACUUGUGGCGAGUCGAUUAUCAGAUAUAGAAAACAUGAACCUGAUAAUAAGCGGGAGUCGGACAAAAAUCUCAAUAUUCUGCCUCAAUUUCGAGUUGGAAUGAUGCCCACCGAAUUGAAAUACCCCCAGGAUUCUGAAGUAACGUGUUCAACACAACAGUUGCAAGCAGUACAUGAAAAAUUAUUAGAUCAAUGGCCUAUCAAAAAAAUCAGCGAAUUGUAUACUAUGCAUGGAUUGGCGCGGUCUACCGUACUCCCCAGAAUCCUUCUCUCUUUGAUUCACUUCCUCCGUUUGAAUGAAAAUGGACUUCCAAAAGUUUUCGUAGAAAACAUCAAUGACGAAUACACUUUGGAUGUGAAUGCAAUUCGAAAGGAAAUGCACACGGCGUUCAAAAUGGGACUCAAGAUUCCAGUGAUGGUUGUGGGAACAGACUGGACUAGUGCUCAAAGUGAGAAAAGAGAGCUAGAAGUGAAGAAGAAGUGUCGAGCUUACAUUUUGGGUUUGAUGGAUACGGUCAGCGAUUUGUUGAAGAAACUGGGGCAAAUUCCGUUGAAGUACAGAUUGAAUCAGUUGGAUGCAAAGUUUGGAUAUUUUGUGAAGCAAAUCCUCGAAAACAAUUUUGAUGUUGAAAAGGCCAAUUCGGGUAUUUUUGCAAUUCCCAGAGGAAUGCAUAAUUUCAAAUGGAAUCACUGUGAAGAAUCAAUGAAGGAUAGGAUUACUGAAAAUGAUGUGGAUGGGUCAGAAGAGAGAUUGCAUUUGAUUCGGGUCGAGGCACUUCCUGUGCAGGACAAGAAUACUAGUUACCGUGAGCAUAUGAUUUACUGGACCCUCACAACUCGAUUCCAUAUCUCUUGUAUUGAUCCGAAGUUGUUGGAGCAUAUCGUUGAUGGUAACGCGAUCAACUUGAAUAUGGUUUGCAUCAACGAUGAAAAUACACAACGAUACAAUGAUUAUCUCGACGCAUUCUUCAUCAUCAAUGAUAGUGAUCUUCAGUUGCAAAGUUUUGAUAGAAACAUCGACAUAAAAAGUGUCACAGCAACUCUUCUCGCCAAAGAUAAAUACACCAUCAAAACAUCCGACGGGAUUCGUCUUGAGGUGCCAAAAGUGCUUUUUGAAAUCUACUCGGGAUACGAUGGAGCACGAAAACGGACAUCUGUAAUGACCACGGAACUAAUGGAUGAAUUCAAAUUGGACCACACUGCAGAGGCGGUGGAAUUGGCAUUGCAGUGCUUAGUAGAUGUUCGAGUCUUUUACAAUGCCACUAUGGAUUUGAAAAUCCAAGUCUUCGAACUCUUCGAGUACUGUAUGAUCACUCGCCUUCGUUGUGAGCUGUUGCGAAUGAUUGUUAUUACCGCCGAAGAAAGUGACUGUGAGUUCCUGCGCCCGCUUAUCCUUCAUAAAUGGGACGAGAUGCUCGCCCUAAUCGUCAAUCUUCGUCCGGAAAUUCUCAUUUUCUGGAAGAGUCUUCCACUCAAGAGGUCAUACCUCCAUCAAUUGAAUAUGUUCUCCGAGCUCAUCUCAACGCGUCGUUACGAUAUGUUAUCCCCGUUGUCAUCGAGCCCGAUUGAGCAUUUAUACAACACAUGCGAGUUUGAAGCGGAAAAUGAGAAGAUAAAUCAAAAAUUUAUGAGUAAAUUCAUGAGCAAGGAUGCCCAAGAUCGGGAUGUUCAGUGGGAUCUCAUGAAAUUGAUCCUCUCAUGGGAUAACAAAGAUAAACGGGCUGCGAAACGGCCAGGCGACAGUUUGAAUGUCACCUUUACUGGCAUGAGACCUCGUAGACCAAGAAUAGAGCAUUUAGCGGAGGCCGUAAGAAUUGAGCUUCUCCGAGCAGCUUAA